AUGAGCAAAACACGCUUGAAGAUCUCUGCUGCCACAGAGUACAACCCUAAAAACCCUUGUAUUGUCCCCGUCAACAACCCCAAGGAUAUCAUCAGUCUUGAUGGACCUUUGGCUCACGUCAAAUUGGCGGUGUAUAUCAAGAAUUUCCAAGGAUCAACCCACCAUGAAUCUCACAGCUUUGCCAAUUAUCCCGAUAAUACCGACAAACACAAUUUGAAGAUGGUUAUCCAAAUCAAACCAAAAGUCUCGAUCCGCGCUGAUCGCUUGUUGUUCGGCAACGAUUUCUCUUAUCCCGUUAGAGAGUUCUUGCCCUACGGUACCAGUACCGCCUUGCGAGUAUUCAAAUAUUUAGUCGACCCCAGUGUUGAUGGUGAUUUAUACGACGAUGAAAAUGGGCCUUGGCUUUAUGGAAGAGCAAUGUCCAGUUUCAACAAGGUGAAGAUCAUAGAAAAUGACGACGAAUUUUCCACGAAUAUCGAUGAACACACUGGAUUGUUAAACAAUAAUGAAAUCCCUACAAACCCUAGGGACCGACAGCAAUAUUUCACCAAUAUUGAUAACUUAAAGGCCACAAAAUUAUCCCCCAAUAAUUAUUACGUGUUUGUGUUUGAAACUGAUAUGUUAUCGCUCGAUAAUAACGAUUUCAAGAUCAUGUUGCCAGGAGGAUUCGGAAUCGAUUUGAAGUAUUAUUUGGAUAAGAAAAUCGAUAAAGUUGAAGGCGCUGGUAGUGUUAGAUGGGUGUUGAAAGCGGUCCAUCCUGAUGAAGAAAUUAAAGGGGUUAGAAGUGGCGAUCCUCUAUUGAUUAUUACGUUUGAAUUGGUGAAAGAAUAA